AUGCUUCGUAUUCUCCUCUAUACCAGUGCCCUUCUCUUGCCAGUCAUUGCUGAUCAUGGCAAGACUACGCGGUAUUGGGAUUGUUGCAAACCAUCAUGUUCCUGGAAAGGAAAGGCUCCAGUUACCAUGCCUGUUCACACUUGCAACAAAGAUGAUCAAUGGGACUGGAAUGCUGACCUGGCGAACGCAUGCGGUGGCGGCGAUGCGUUUGCUUGCUCCAACACCUCGCCGUGGGUGGGUGAGAACGAUGUCGCGUACGGAUUUGCUGCCGUGAAACUUGCUGGGAAAGGCGAGGACCAGACUUGUUGCUCUUGCUAUGAGCUGAAGUUCACAACGACUUCAAUCGCCGGAAAGACCAUGAUCGUUCAAGCCAUCAACACUGGCGGCGAUCUCGGACAGAACCACUUCGAUCUGACCAUUCCCGGCGGCGGCGUUGGGCUCUUCGACGCUUGCACUAAGCAAUUUAAUGGUGCUCCGCUCGGGGAUCAAUAUGGAGGCUAUCAUAAUAGAAACGACUGUUAUAGUCUCCCAGAUGCAUGGCGUGGUGGAUGCUUAUUCAGAUUCGACUGGUUCCAGAACGCGGACAACCCGGAGAUGGAGUUUAACGAAAUUGCUUGCCCGAAGAGUUUGAUCGAUCGUAGUGGAUGCGCGAGAACUUGA